AUGGAGAAGCAACUGCUAUCGCCGACGCUGUUUGUCAUUUUGAUAAUGGCCACAAAAUGCGGCAAUGCCCUCGCACAGAAUCAGCAUCACGAAAGCAAUUCCCAAUUGGAUCCCGAUCCCGAGUUCAUUGGCUUCAUCAAUAAUGUAACAUAUCCGGCUGGACGCGAGGCCAUACUCGCCUGUUCCGUGCGAAAUUUGGGCAAGAAUAAGGUGGGCUGGCUUAGAGCCUCCGAUCAAACUGUAUUGGCGCUGCAAGGACGCGUGGUUACACACAAUGCGCGAAUCAGUGUGAUGCAUCAAGAUAUGCACACAUGGAAACUAAAGAUCAGCAAGCUGCGUGAGAGCGAUCGCGGCUGCUACAUGUGCCAGAUCAACACGAGUCCCAUGAAGAAGCAAGUUGGCUGCAUCGAUGUGCAAGUCCCACCCGACAUCAUCAAUGAGGACUCCUCUGCGGAUAUGGCCGUGCAGGAGGGUGAAGAUGCGACGCUCACCUGCAAGGCCACGGGCAAUCCGCUGCCCCGCGUCAUCUGGCGACGCGAGGAUGGCGAAAUGAUACUCAUACGCAAGCCAGGCAGUCGCGAGCUGAUGAAAGUGGAGUCGUACAAUGGCUCUUCGUUGAGAUUGCUGCGCCUGGAGCGACGCCAGAUGGGCGCUUAUCUGUGCAUUGCCUCCAAUGAUGUGCCACCGGCAGUCAGCAAACGCGUUUCACUCAGUGUGCAGUUUGCGCCCAUGGUGCGUGCCCCCAGCCAACUGCUUGGCACGCCGCUGGGCUCCGAUGUGCAGCUGGAAUGCCAGGUGGAAGCCUCACCCUCGCCCGUCUCCUACUGGCUGAAGGGGGCGCGUACCUCGAACGGGUUCGCCAGCGUCUCCACAGCGAGUCUGGAGUCUGGUUCGCCGGGGCCCGAAAUGCUGCUCGAUGGGCCCAAGUAUGGGAUAACGGAGCGUCGCGAUGGCUAUCGCGGGGUCAUGCUGCUGGUGGUGCGUUCCUUUUCGCCCUCCGAUGUGGGCACCUAUCACUGCGUCAGCACAAACUCGCUGGGCCGUGCCGAGGGUACGCUGCGGUUAUACGAAAUCAAGCUACAUCCUGGUGCGGCAGCCAGCAACGAUGACCAUCUCAAUUACAUCGGAGGUCUCGAGGAUGCGGCACGGAAUGUGGCCACUAGGCGGCACACAACGUGGCAGCUGCUGUCUAUGCUGUUGUUUCUGAUGUUGCGACUGCGACUGCGACAGAGGCCUGGGGGAGCGUGAUAUCAAAACUAGAAGAAGGAGCCGGCAAUCAAGUAUUCCUACACGAUUCCCUCGGACAUCGACAUCGACUACAACAUCGACAUCGACAUCUAUCGCCUGCAUUCUUGUUGUUUGCGUUUCUCCCAUUUGCGUUUUGUAUUUCUGCGUUCUGCGUUCUGCGUUUCUUGUCUCCUCAGUGCAUAUCCCCCCAACUCGCCGCAUACUCGUACAUAUACUGCCAAAGGGGCGCCUGUCCUGCGCCAGAUAUCAUUUGCAUACGUAUCAGGAAUCGCGUUGUUCCCACCAUUACCACCAAACACACACAAGAAUCCCUGAACCCUCCCUGGAUCUGGCCAUCUCAAUUUCACAGAUAUAUCAAAGUGGAUAGGCCCAGUCCCAGUCCCAGUCCCCGAUCCUGCCCCAUUCCCUGUCCCAUUCCACACCCCAAAACAUAAUGUUACAUUGCAUAUAAAUUAAAUAUGAAUACUAUAAAAUAGUGCAUAAAAUUUAUUAUCAUAAUAUAAAUAACGACAAAAAUUA